AUGGCUUCCAAACCCAACAAACUCACCGCCAAUUCCUCCUCCGGAGAUGACGGCCUCACGCUCCCCAUCACGAAUCAUCCGCACCAGCACCAAAGCGGAGCCGGGGCCAGAGUCGGAGCCGAAUCUCGGCUCAAAACGGGCGGUCUCCGGAUCCGGGAUUGGGUCCGCUCAUCCGGGUCUGAGUCUAAGGGGUCUUCAUCUGAAGAAGCACAUCAUCGUGCUUCGAGAGAACAACAGCAACAACAACAACAGCCAUGUCCUGACCCGACUUCCCCCACAUCGUAUGAGAGGGACCACCAGCGGCGAUCAAGACCAAAAUAUGAUCCGUGGUGGAAGAUUCAUCUCUUCCGGGGGAUGGUGAACGAUAUCCGGAAGCGGGCGCCGUUUUAUCUUAGUGAUUGGACGGAUGCGUGGAAUUAUCGGGUUGUGCCGGCAACGGUGUACAUGUUUUUUGCUAACAUCCUGCCCGCCCUGGCUUUCUCGUUGGAUAUGUUCAACAAGACGGGAAUGCAGUACGGCGUUAAUGAGGUGCUGCUCUCGUCUGUGUUGGGCGCUGUGGUCUUCUCGGUCCUGGCGUGUCAGCCGCUGGUGAUUGUCGGCGUCACGGGGCCGAUUACCGUGUUCAACUAUACAGUCUACGAUAUAAUGAUGCCGAGCGGGACUAACUACCUAGCCUUUAUGUGCUGGAUCGGGAUAUGGUCUCUGAUCUUCCACUGGAUCCUAGCCAUCGCAAACUCGUGUAACUGGCUGCGUUACGUGACCCGUUUCCCCUGCGACAUCUUCGGGUUCUACGUCGCCUUCAUCUACCUCCAAAAGGGCAUUCAAAUCCUCGAGACCCUCGGCGACGGCGAGCCCUUCUACCUCUCCGUCGUCGUGACCCUGCUCGUCUUCGCCAUUUCCUACAUCUGUGGCGAGCUCGGCCAGAGCAGCUUGUUCAAGCACCCCGUGCGCGUGUUUCUCAAGGACUAUGGCACGCCCCUGACUGUGGUAUUUUUCACCGGGUUUGUGCACAUGGGGAAAAUGAGGAAUAUUCCGCUUGAGACGUUGCCUACGGGGAUUGCUUUUAUGCCGACUGUGUCGGAGAGGAGUUGGUUCGUGCAUUUUUGGGAUAUUCCCGUGGGUGAUAUCUUUGUGGCGAUACCCUUUGCUCUGCUCUUGACUAUCCUCUUUUGGUUCGAUCACAACGUAUCAUCCCUCAUCGCCCAAGGCACCGAGUUCCCCCUCAAAAAGCCCGCCGGCUUCCACUGGGAUUUCUUCCUCCUCGGCCUAACCACCGGCGUUGCGGGCCUCCUCGGUCUACCCUUCCCCAACGGCUUAAUCCCCCAAGCCCCCUUCCAUACCGAGUCCCUCUGCGUGACCGAAGCCGUGCCCACCUUCUCUUCUUCCUCUUCCUCCUCAUCCGACACCCCCGACCCCGAUCCUAAUACUACCGACCGAGGCUUCACCUUCCGUGCCAUCUACGUCGUCGAGCAGCGUCUCUCCAACCUCGCACAGGGUCUCCUCACGCUGGUAGCCAUGACUGGCCCAUUGCUGACGGUGCUGCAUCUUAUUCCGCAGGGUGUAUUGGCGGGGCUGUUUUUCAUCAUGGGGUUCCAAGCGCUGGAGGCAAACGGGAUCACAGCCAAGAUCUUGUUUUUGGCUCGUGAUGCUGCGUUGACGCCUGCUGGACAUCCUUUGCGUCGGUGUACGGCUGGAGGAAUCCGUCGCCGCGCCCUCUACACCUUCGUCCUAAUCGAACUCCUCGGUUUCGGCGCCACCUUCGCCAUAACCCAGACCGUAGCCGCCGUCGGGUUUCCCGUAUUCAUUUUCCUGCUCAUCCCCUUACGCGCCAUGGUCUUGCCACGCUGGUUAUCUCCUGACGAGCUUGCCGUCUUGGACGCGCCGACGGCUAGCCCGUUUACGAUGGAGAGUGUUGGGGGUUCGAUCGGUGGUGCUGUCGAAGCAGGGACCGGGGCUGGGGGAGAUGGGGAAGAUGGGACUGGAGAUUCGACGGGGCGAUCGACGGGAAAGGAGGUGGACGUGAUGGUUGGUGGUAGUGGGAGUGGGAAUGGAAGCGGGAGCGGUCGUGAUGUGGGUCGACGUCGGGUGGUUGGCGGGGAAGGCGAUGAUGAAGAGGAUGAGGCAGAGCUUGCGGAGCGUGGGGAGAGUCGGAUGGGGCCUGUGAGGAGACGGUUGAGUGCGAUACGUCGAGAGGAUAGUUAG